AUGGCAGCCAUAGAUCGUCAUCUCACAGUGCGCACAAGACGCUUUUAUAUGCGCAGACGCAGUUUCCGAAAGUCCCGUUGCUUGCAUGACGUAGGCGUGCGUCAUAGACCAAUCCCACCUGCAACCGGACAUACAACAACACCCGAACGGAACUAUCGUACGAAUACCGGGUACACCAUCCAUCUUGCCCCCACACCCACACCCUCACCCACACCCUCACCCACACCCUCACCCACACCCACACCCUCACCCACACCCACACCCACAACCGCCACUUUGCCCACAAAAGCCUCAACGUCACACAGCCCAUGUCCUCCCACACAGACACACUCUGCACCGCCAUCCCGCCGAUCCUUACCCCGCGGACACACCCUACGGCGCGCUAGCGUGCGCGGGCGGCUUCCCCAGACAAACGCGUCGGAUGGCGCGAGUCAGGCGGGGAUCGUCAGGCCAGCCAUAUGGCCGCACAUGAGGCAAGGGGAUCAGGCCGCAAUGGAUGUAAAGGGUGAUUUGCCGGCGAGUGAAGAUCAACGACUGGAGCAAGUGAAAGAUGCGGAAAAGACAAGCUCGCUAGAUAACGAGAUCGAGGCGCAGUAUGUCGAAGAUGAAGCCGAGGCGAAUCGCGUGUUGAGAAAGGUAGAUGUUAGGCUUGUGCCUAUGCUUGCGCUGUUGUAUCUUGUUGCGUUCAUCGAUCGGAGUAAUAGUACGUAUCAUGCUCCCCCACAGAAGACCCUCGACGUCCCACGACUAACGCAGCGUAUAGUUGGUAAUGCGAAGAUUGCAGGCAUGACCAAGGAUCUCAAUAUGCCGGACAACACACUGCAGUAUAAUACUGCUGUUACCAUCUUCUUCGUGCCCUACACCUUACUGGAGGUUCCGAGUAAUAUCAUCCUCAAGAUGAUGAAGCCGAGUUAUUGGAUGGCUAUUUUACUGCUGAGUUGGGGCACUGUCAUGACCUUGAUGGGUUUGGUGGAUAGCUACGGUGGAUUGCUUGCCGGGCGAUUUUUCCUGGGUGUCACAGAGGUACCCGGCUUCUUCCCCGCUGCAACCUUUCUCCCAACACUAUGGUACCGCCGCUUCGAACUCCAACGCCGCAUGGCUGUCUUCUACGUCGCCGCCUCCCUCGCCGGUGCCUUCUCCGGCCUACUCGCCUACGGCAUCGAAAAGUUAGAUGGGAAAGCCGGGCUCACCGGCUGGCAGUAUAUAUUUCUUCUGGAAGGGCUAAUUCCCGUGGCUCUGUCCUUUAUCAUGUGGAAGAUCUUGCCUGAUAGCCCUGAGACGGCCAAGUUCCUGACGCCGGCCGAGCGCGAGAUUCUCACCCGCAGGAUUGCGAAUGACGUGGGUUCUGGACAGGGCAAAGUCACGAACCAGGAUAAGAUAGGGAAAGAGUAUAUUCUGGCUGGUCUGUCGGAUUGGAAGAUUUGGGCUGCUACAGUGAUUUUUUGGGGAAAUACGGUCGGGGUCUACGGAUUCACAGCAACGGUCCCCUCCGUCAUCAACGGGCUCGGCUACUCGAGCGCAAACGCCCAACUCCUCACCAUCCCAAUCUACGUCUUCGCCGCCAUCGUCACCCUCAUCUUCGCAUGGGCCUCUGAUCUCACACGCAUACGCUCCCCCUACAUCAUCCUCGGCUACUCCAUCGCCGUCUGCGGCUUCAUCGCCCAACUCGCCAUCCCCAAGCCAAAGCACCCAGGCAUCACCUACGGCUUCCUAUUCCCCGUCGCCGCAGGCCUCUACUGCCCUUUCACCUGUCUCGUUUCCUGGAUAGGCAAUUCACUAGCGCCAUCUUCAAAACGCAGUGUUGGCAUGGCGUUAUUAAUAUCCGUUGGAAAUAUGGGAGGAAUUAUGGGAAGUAACAUCUAUCUCGCGCGCGAGGCGCCAAAGUAUACAACGGGCUUCGCUGCCAGUCUGGCCAUGUGCGUGGCCGCCAUUGCCAUGACGUUUGUGCUGCGCUGGGCGUAUGCGCGCGAGAAUCGCAGGAAAGAUGAGAUGAUUGCGGAGAUGGGGGAGGAGGCGAUUCGGGCGCGGUAUAGUGAGGAGGAAUUGGUGAGGAUGGGGGAUAAGAGUCCGUUCUUUAGGUAUACGCUUUGA